AUGGAACACAGAAACUUCCUCCGCUUCUUCUUCCUUCUCUUCUUCGGAGCCUUAGCUCUGCUCGUGACAUGGCUUCACUUCCCACCUCUCUCUAACACCAAACUUGUCCACUGCAACCUCUCCUCCCAACGCUGCUUCUUCCGCCCCGAACUCCUCACCUUCCUCAAGAAGCCUCCUUCUCCCACGCGCCGCCACCACCAUGAACCUACACUCCCCGCCACCCUCUCGACCCCCUCACCAUCCAUGAAUUCAACCAAGUCCGUUCAAUCCUCUCCCGAUAUCCUCUCCUCAAAUACUCCUCUUACGCUCUCACUCCAUCGUCCUCCAAGAACCCCCCAAAAACUAGUCAAGCAAUGGAAGUCCGGCGACCCUCUCUUUCCCAGGAAAGCCUCCGUCAUUGCUCGCGUCAACGCCGUUUCCAAUCUUGUCCUCACCGUCGACCUCUCGACCCAACAGGUGACAAGACACGAAGUAGGUCCUGUUUUCCGGCUACCCCACUAUGACUGUGGAGGACAUGGUAGGAGCGACAAACGCGCCGCUGAAGAGCCGAGAGUUCAACCGUACGAUCAGGGCGUGGGGUCAACAUGGCGGACCUGGCCUGCCUGCCGGAGUCGUCGGGGUGGUACGGGAAGAUAA